GCUACAUGCUUAGCUAGCUCUCAUUGCACAGCAGCACUUCACACCUAUCUGCCACUCAUGCCGUGAUCUUGUGACAGCGAGACGGAGGAGUCGUAGGCACCCCAUGCUGACACCACAGGACAUCGAUUUCUGCUGUGACAAAGGCAUCAGUCCUGCCCGCUGUCCUGCACGACUAUGGCCAAAGAGCAGCCAAGUGUGUUUGACCUCAUCCCUCUUCUGGGGUCCACUGACCUACAUGAGCUGGAUCAGGUCAAAACCCUGCUGCAGGAAACUCUCAGUGCAGAUAAAGGGACCAUGUUGCUGAAUAGCCUUGUGGACUAUUUCCUUCAAACAAACUCAUCUCAAGCUGUGGACAUCCUGUCUUCUGUCCGGGAGCCUCAUGAUAAGUAUCUUUUAGAUAAGAUGAAUGAAUGCAUGGGCAAGCAGAGCUGUCGUCUCUCCACCAUCACCCUCCUUGGUCAUGUUGUUCGCAAACAGCCACCAUGGAUCCACAAGAUCGCACGUUUCCCUCUGCUUGUCUCGCUGCUCAAAUGCCUCAAGACUGACUCAGAUGUAGUAGUUCUCAUAACCGGUGUGCUGGUGCUGAUCACUCUAAUGCCCAUGAUUCCUCAAACCAACAAACAACUUCUUUGUGACUACUUUGAUAUCUUUGGACGUCUUGCUGCCUGGAACCAACGCCAUCCAGGUCAUGCUCAGGGAGUGUUUGCAGUCCAUCUACAUGCCAGCGUGUACUCUCUUUUUCAUCGUUUAUAUGGCAUGUAUCCUUGUAACUUCGUUUCGUACUUGCGUGCCCACUACAGUAUGAAAGAAAAUGUUGACACGUUCGAGGAAGUGGUGAAGCCCAUGUUAGAACAUGUUCGGAUACAUCCUGAGCUCAUUACCGGAACCAAAGACUACGAGGUUGAUCCAAUUAGAUGGAAGAGAUUUGAGCCACAUGAUAUUGUGAUUGAAUGUGCCAAAAUUUCGCUGGAUUCUAAAGAGGCGUCAUCUGAAGAGGGCUACUCCUCUUUGGCGGAUCACAUACAACGACGCCCUGUCCACCAUAGCCAAUCAUGUUCAGAGCUCAGUUUCCAUGAAGUCUCAUCGGUCACACCAAUGGGUGCUAUUUGUCAGUCUCUCUCUAAAUCACAACCUUAUCUCACUGUAACCCAAGACUCAGGUUCCAGCACACAGACCCCCAACAAUCAAAGUGAUGAGGUGAAAUCCUCAGGGACUAAGGAGGAGCUGUGGAGCCCUUCCUCGAUAUGUGGGAUGAGCACCCCUCCCAGUUCUAGAGGAAUGUCCCCAACCACAGUUUCUGACAUCUCACUUAGUGCCUCGCACCUCUCAGGACGGAUCCCCAGCACCCCAGGGGAUGGAAAGUGGACUUUAUCUCCCUCCACACCCUCAGGGUCAUCCCCUCUCCCAUCGCUCUCAGAGGAAAUAGGGCAGGCUGCCCAAAACACCAGCAGUACCCAGGCUAAGACGUGCAAAGAGGUGAAGAAAGUCACACCCAGAAGUAUUAAUAACAGCGGUGAGAAUGGAGGUGAUGCCAAGACUCCAGUGUCGUUGGCACAGCUCUCUGACAUUGUCAAAAGGACAGAGGGGGAGCGAGAGGAUGAUACAAUCAAUGAAGAGAUUUUGAGUCUAACCCAUGGGAAACUAGACUUUGGAACUAGGCCUGGUCUGGAAUCCUCAUUUUCUGCCUCCUUAGACACCCUCCUCUCUCAUCCCAACCAUGAGCAGAAUUUAGUGUCCACACCAGACAGGGUUGAAUGCUCUGCCAAAGCAGGAGAGCAGCAGCUUCCUAGGUCCCUCUGGCCAUUCACCCCUAUUGAAAAUGGGAAGCACAGUAAAUGUUCUCUGUCUGAUCUCACGAAAGAGUCUAUGCCUUAUGAGCCGCUGUUUGACCUCGCCUUGCCGAAGGUGGCAUCUCUGUUUUUGGAGAGAAAGACUGCCGAGGCCUUUCGGAGGGUUGAAGGAGAAAGAGAUCACCAAGAUGAGAUGGAAGGAGAGGAUCUUUCUGUCACCUCCCCUCUGGAGGUGUUGGACCGGGUUAUCCAGCAGGGUCAUGACACCCAUGGGAAAGUGCUGAAGAGAACUUUCUCUUCUCCAAGCCAAUCAUCAGACCCACACUUGAAAGGUAAACAGCAUAGCAAUAAAGGAAAAGGACUUGUGCCUGCAGUGUCUGAUGAGCUAGACAUGUUACGCAGUCAGUUGCUGCUGCUGCAUAACCAGUUGCUUUAUGAGAGACAUAAGAGAGAGCAACACGCACUUCGUAACCGUCGUCUGUUUGGCCGCAUCGUCAACACUACUGCACUGGAAGAGCAGAAUAACUCCAUGAAAACCCAGCUCAAACUUCAGGAUGUUGAGAUCCAGGCUGUUAAGGUAAGCCUGAAAGAGGAGCAGCGGCGCUCUGUGCACAUACAGGAUGACAGAGAGGCUGUCGUGAACCAGUUACAGACUCAAAUUCAGCAGUUACAGAAGGAGCGGAAUGACUACUACUCAAAGAUGCAGGUGCUUAAGAGUGAGUUGCAGGAGAAUCAGACAAAAGCUGGCAAAAUGGAGGCGGAACUGCAGAAAGCCAAUAACAAAGUGUGUAAUAUGGGUCACAUGCUCAGCCAGCUAUCCAUCAAGCUGAACAAUAGUGAAGACAUGGAGCAGCAGAUGGCGUUUCUGAAUAAGCAGCUGCUGCUUUUGGGUGAAGCCAACAAGUUAUAUAUGGAGGAAAUUGACCGCUUGGGCCCUGAGGCGCACAAGGAACUGAAUAUGCUACAAGCAACUUCAGUGCGGGAGGGUGAGCGCUUGAGGCAGAGCUCUCUUCAGCAGAGUCAGAGACUUGAGGCUGCACAACAGCGCAUCACAGACCUGGAGAACCAACUCACCAAGAAGGAGCAAGUCAUCCGAGAGCAAAAGAAACUGCUGGAUAAUGUCAAACGCCAGGCCACGGAGCAGCUGCAGGCUUCAGAAAACAGGUAUUUGGCCCAGAAGAACAUCACUCAGGCAUUACAAACUGAGCUGCUUGAGCUCUAUAGCAAGAUAGAGCUCAAAAACCUGAACACUAAUGCACCAGCAGAGCCCACUUCUGAUCCCAGCAGUCCCACCAACCAGAGGCCAAAUGGCAACAGUGCAGGCCCAUCUGCUCCAUCUCUACCGGCUGACCUGAUGAAAAGAGAGGAAGUGGCGCAUGUGUGUGUCAAUGGUGAAAUAUCUGCAGCGUCUCCUCAAACACCCACAGCACUCAUUAAUGGCAGUCAGGAAGAAGAUCUUUCCGCCCUUACUCAUUCAUUUCCCUCCCUCCCCUGCCAACCCUUUGCAGUUGGCUCUUACCCCAGCACCAGAAGUUUUUUGGGUAAGAAAGCCAGAGAAAUGUUCCGCAAUAAGAGCGAGAGCCACUAUGAUGGCGACUCGCCCACCCUCACCUGCCUCUCAAAGGAUCUUAAAGUUGAGCCAAUCACAGACCCCACAGAGAGUUUGGAGUCUGAGGAGGCUGCUGACCAGUUUGACCUGCAGCCAAUGGAUAGACCCCGGGCAUAUAAUAUUCAGAGGAGGAGGCAUCAGGAUCUGCGGAUCAUGGACUACAAUGAGACCCACCAUGUGCAUUGAUUGUACACUGCUGACAUCAUCGUCUGCAGAUAGAAGAGGAUCAUUUUGGACCCAGUAUUAAUAUGCAUCACUCUUUUUGUUAGAGUGGUUUGCUACAUUUUAGUUCAUUUUAAAAGCUCUUGUACUACAAAACGGCCAAAAAAAAAAACUUUUUCGCUUGGCAGUUGCCAUGUAGUCACCAUAGUGGCAAGAGAUCAUCUUGUCUUCAUAAGAAAAAAUGGCUUACUUUUCUCCUGUCUAAUAUGAAUUCACUGAAAUUCAGUAUUUUUUUUUAUAAUCGGUAUUCAGAGAGCAGUCAUGGUGAUUUAACUGCGUGGUGGUUGGAUGUUAUUUGGGCCUCACUGUACUUUGCAGCAAAUGUACUGAUUUAAUCACUGUAUUUGCUCUGGUAAUGGUACCAUUCGGUUUCCAGUCCUCUUAAAUUUGUCCAAGCAAAAUGCUUGAGUCACUACUUCAUUUAAGCUAAUGUGACUUGCACAAUACUGAGUAUGAUCAUUGCAAGCAGAGCACUGUAAAUAGAUUAUGCUUCUGAAAAACCAACCAGUCAGUCCGAUAAAAAAUGUGAAAAACAAAAAAAGAAGCUAUGUGGAAUAGGUGAAGUAGAAUCGCAAAUGACAUUUCAUCGUCGAGGCAAGCGGUGUGCUUAUAUGCCAUAGCAGUGCUUUGUGCGCUUCGCCUAUAGAGAAUGAUCAUGUCUUGUGUUGUACUUCUAGUAAUAGAUUUUAUUUUUAUGCAUUUAACGUUCUUUGCUGGGAUUGUAGCGCCCAGUCACCAGUGCAAUACUUGGCUAACACUUCAUGCCAGCUCGAAGGUAUGAUGAUGGGGAAUAUAAAAUAAACUGAUUUAGAUUGCUGCUUUGCAGGACCGUCAGAGCCUUGAAGAACAUAGGGUCAGGCUGCUGUAGGAGCAUUUGUCCAGUUGAGACCCAAUGAGAAAUCAAAAUGACUGUGUGGUCUAAGGUGUGUCUGACGGGUGAAUGUUCUUGUGUUAAUGGUAUACAAAUACGGCCACUGCAAUACUUCAACACACUAAACUCUGAAAGGAAGCUGCUCGCUGUAAGCCAAAAGGCUUAUUUUCCCUCUAUUAUGUUCUUUCAUUCCUGUCGUACGCAGGUCAGACCCCAUCUGCAAAGAAAAAGCUUCAGAUAAUGGGCUGCAGCUGGCUGAACUGAAAGUACUUCUUUUUUUUAAUUCAGCCCUUCUUAAGAUUGCUGAACUCUAGCAAAGCAAUAUACACAUCUCUUUCUAAAACACUUGCCCCCAGGGGGUUGUUUUCAGUUCAGGGUAUACUGUAGAUGGAACAUGUGAAGUGCUGUUGCAAAGAAAAUAUAAUCCUGGUUUCGACCUGCCAGCUGGGGAAAUGGCUUUGAGAAUUGAAAUCUAUGGAAAUCCUUUCAGUUUUUUCUUUCUAGACUGUUCUUUUCACAGGUUACCAUGAGUGUGAUCGUACAGCUUGUGCUUUGUUUCCCUUUCACUCAGACUUUGUUUUUAUACAAAUACCCCUCUCAAGCAUUUUGUUGUUUCACGUAAUGCCUUAACGAAAAAGUAGGAAACCUGUCUGUCACCUGAAGUCGUUUUGGAAAGUUAUCUUAACUAUGGUACAAUCAGACGGUGACGGGUGUAAUGGGUAACCAGGGACUCUAUUUUGAAGUUUAGAAAACAGAUAUGUGUUCUCCUACUUGCUAUGAUCAACAAAAAAAAUUAAAAAUAUAUGUUUUGCAUAA